AAUUCGUGGGGAAUAAAUAAAAUUGUCGUAGUCGUCUGUGAAACAAUCGUUGCUAAGGUUAGUCAAUAAAUAAACAAAUAAUAAAUAAAGUUUGUAAAAUUGUGCAAAAACCAAAAAAAUACGUCUAGUGUUAAGUAGAAAUGACUUCCCGUCAAGGAAUCCUUUUUCCUUUAACGUCUUUGUACGUUGGAGACUUGCACCCCGAUGUGACUGAAGCCCUAUUGUACGAGAAAUUCUCCCCAGCUGGUCAAAUCCUGUCUUUGAGGGUGUGUCGCGAUUCGAGGACCAAACAGAGUCUCGGUUACGCUUACGUGAAUUUCAGUCAAACGAUCGAAGCUGAACGUGUCUUGGACACGAUGAAUUUUGACUUGCUUAAGGGGAAACCCAUCAGGAUUAUGUGGAGUCAACGGGACCCUUCGUUGCGAAAAUCGGGCAUUGGUAACGUAUUUAUCAAGAAUCUGGAUAAGAGUAUUGAUAAUAAAGCCAUGUAUGAUACGUUUUCCGCAUUUGGAAAUAUACUUUCGUGUAAAGUUGCAAUUGAUGAUGAUGGUGUCUCGAAAGGUUACGGUUUCGUCCAUUUCGAGAGUGUUGAAGCUGCAAAUAAAGCGAUCGAAAAAGUGAAUGGUAUGCUUUUGAAUGGUAAGAAAGUCUACGUGGGGAAAUUUAUACCACGAGCUGAACGUGAGAAAGAAAUCGGGGAGAAAUCCAAGAAAUAUACCAAUGUUUAUGUGAAGAAUUUUGGCCGAAAUUUGACUCAAGACCAACUCUAUGAUUUGUUUAAAAACUACGGUACAAUCACAUCGUGUGUUAUUAUGACCAAUCCGGAUGGUACUUCGAAAGGUUUCGGUUUUAUAGCAUUUGAAGAUUCUGAAAGUGCUGAAAAAGCUGUUACUGAAAUGAACAAUUAUGAUUUAAACGGUACGAAUUUAUACGUGGGACGUGCACAGAAAAAAUCUGAACGUAUCAAAGAACUGAAAAAAUGUUACGAACAAAUGAAACUCGAACGUUAUAACCGGAUUCAAGGUGCGAAUGUUUAUAUCAAAAAUUUGGAUGAUACUUUUGAUAAUGACCGUUUACGUAAGGAAUUUUCACAAUUUGGUACAAUUACUUCAGCGAAAGUGAUGACUGAAGGUGGGCGGAGUAAAGGGUUUGGUUUUGUUUGUUUUUCAACACCUGAGGAGGCGACUAAAGCAAUUACUGAAAUGGAUGGACGUAUGAUUGGUUCGAAGCCGAUUUAUGUUGCACUAGCGCAACGUUAUGAAGAUCGUAGGGCGUAUUUAAGUGCGCAAUGUAUGCAAAGGAUUCGUCAUCAGACAAUGUCGCCGCCUUUAACCACGCCCCAAUUUCUUAUACCAACCCUUCCGCGGUUUUAUAAUCAUGUGGCUCAGAUUCGUCCGACGCCUCGUUGGACGGCUCAAGUACCACGUUUGAAUGGUACUUAUAAUAUGCCCCUCCUACCGGCUACGCCUUAUAGAUCGACGUCACGCCCACAAGUUCAGAUUAAUCGAAGUGCGAGACCGAUUACGGGACAACAAGUGCCCAUUGCAAGACCGAAUAGUAAGUAUACGGCGAAUGCGCCCCCAAGAGGAGUUAAUGUGUCGGUGGGGAAUGGGGGCGAUCCAGGAGCUGAUGAUAAAAGAAUGUUGGGGGAGAGAAUGUAUCGUGUGAUUGAGAAGACGUAUCCAGAGAUUGCAGGGAAGAUUACUGGAAUGUUAUUGGAGAUUGAUAUAAGCGAAUUGAAGGCUUUGGUAAAUAAUGAAGGUUCGUUGAAGGCGAAAGUCGAGGAGGCGGUCGCUGUGUUGCAAGCGCAUAAUAAGGGGUUGACGGUGCAGGAUUAAUUUAAGUAUUGUUGGAUUUAAGUUAAUUUAUGUAUUAAAUGUUGAUUUUUGAUGAGUUAA